UUGUGAACAUGUUGACUUUGUGCACCGUUUUUGCUUUUAAAAUAUUUUUCCUUGUUAAUAAGAAACUUUAAUGGCUUGCUUGCCUUUUAACUUGGUUAGGUGCUAAAUUAAGUUCAAUACUGGAAAUGAGAAUAAGAAUCCUGACUGGGAGUGGGAGAGCGGUGUGCAGGUCCUGCUUGUGAAUGCUUUACCAUCCCAGUAGCAGAAUAAACACAUUUCCAGAUUGAGAGCGUGUAUUUUGGUUUUCUCUCGUGGUGUACAGAAUCGGGCUAGGAUUAGCAACACGUCUGUUUUAACAAACUAGUGCUUUGCUUUUCUGUGUUGUAGCUGAAUGCUUUGGGUUGUUCUGUUUAACGGUGCCGGCCAGUAACAAGAAAAUUGAAGAUUCUCUCAGAGUAAUUAAAUGUGGUGACGGCCAGUUCAGGGAGGAAGCGGUGCACCAUCUGAUUGUUGUGUAAACAGCACGUAUAGACUGAUUUAAAUGUUUUAGCCUAUACGUGUUAACACAACUUUUGCUGUUGCAAAUUUGAAAUGGUUGUAUAACUCUUUACAGACAAUAAACAAUUGUCAUUCAAAUAUUGUAGUACAGUAUGCAAUACAAAUGUCACAGCAUAAAGAUGUCAUAAAAUAGUCACAGCACAGUAUGUCUUAAACAAUAUCAGUAGUAGUGUGCCGUAAAGAUGUACAAAUACAAUCAAUAUAGUAUGCCAUAAAAUAGUCAACAAUAACCAUAGUAUGUCAUAAACAAUGUGAUCUAAUGUAUAAAAAACAAAAUACUAUAGUUGAUAGUUUAAUGACAAAAUGUAUUGUAUACUAUGUCAUAAACAUAAAGUAUGGUAUGCCAUACGAGUAAUAAACAUGUCAUAAAUAUAGUAUAGAAUGUCAUGAAAGAGUUGGCGUUAUGUCAUUACAAAAAAAAUCAUAGUAUAGUGUGCUAUAAGAGUCAUGAAACGCAUCAUGGAGAUAUACUAAACUAUGCCUUAGUAAUGUAAUAGUGUAUUAUGCAAUUAGUCAUAACAUGUCAUGAAUACAUCGAAGUUAAAUGUCAAAGUAAUGUCAGAAAAUAUGUUUAUAAUAUAAAUAUGUCACAGGUCAUAGUGUAUAUAUAAAAACGUCAAAGAUCGUAUUGUAUGUUAUGAAAAGUCCUGAUUAUCAUUAAACAUGAAAUUAUAGUAUACCAUACAAACAUGAAAAUGUCAUUGUAUAAUAAGCCAUAAGAGUCAUAAAAAAUAUAGUAUACCAUAAGAGACAAAAAAGAGACAUUUUUUUAUGUGGCAAAUAUGACCCUUAUGACCCCUCUGAGUACAUUCAUGCAGUAGAAGAAGACGUGGAAGAAACUGUCAUCCCAAGUUUAGAUCGGAACACUGCACUCUUCUGAGGAGAAGAGAAGGACUACGUGAGAAUGUGAAGAUGACGACUACUACUACAACUACUACAUCAAAUACAACUACUACCAAAGGUGUUUUCAAAGGUUUGAUGACUGAGUGCAAAUGAAGGAAGAUAAAAUCUGCACAUGUGGUUUCCUUGUUCUGUCUUUAUGUUGAUUUCUUUUGGCUCGAUGAAAAACUUGAGUUAUGCUUCAGGAGAAAGAAGCUUUUUUUGUAGCAGAUUGUAUUUGCCAGGCCUGAGAGGAGGCAGAACGUUUUGUUUAAGGUCGAGCGGUGAAGCAACCUGUCAUUUUGUAAUUGAAUGAAACUUAAUGAGAUGUGUGUCCACUGCAGUUGUAUUUUUGGUGACUUUUAAACCCAUGAGGGUCGAGCACGUUGUGUGCAUGACACGAAAAUAUAGAUUUCUAUUUAUCUACUAGUACUUAGAGAUGAAUACACCCUGAGUGUCCUUCUAAUUCUGUACCUGAAUUACACUGGCACACAACCAUUAUGUGUACAAUCAAAUGUCUUAUGAAAUAGAUGUAAAAAGGCACUCGAUAACUAGUCUAAUAUAUAAUAUGGGUAAUAUGUAAUAAUAUAUAAUAUGGAUAAUAUAAUAUAUAAUAUGGAAAAAAGGGGUUAGUAAGGCAGAAAGAAGAAAAACCUUUGCAGCAAAAACAUUUAUUUCCACUGUUUUUAUGGCCUUUUUGUCUGUACAGCAUUUAAUAGUUUUUAUAUACAGUUCAAACUCGUAGUAAAAAAAAACACAAAAAUAAGUCAGUGGUUUGUAAACGUACACUUAUGUAUAUAGAAUUUAACAAGAAUAAUCAAUCAAUUUAAUUAAAUACGUUUAAAUAAAAAAAUGACCCCACUUCCGCCAGCGGCAAUCGUUCCGCUAAAACCGGGGUAACAUCAUAAUGAGUCCGGCGGAAGUAAGAAUAGAAACGACAAUAUAGCGGACUGCUUGUUAUAAACUGGCUCAGCCGGUGUGUUUUUUAAGCUCAUACAAAUCAAAUUGGCAUUAACUCGCGCAACAUGUCGUCCGUCUUCUGUUUCCGAGACUUCGUGAACGAGCGACUAACCGCUGCUGCUGCGGAAAUACUGGGCGUGUUUGAGAAAACCGUGGUGGUGUACGAGGAGGAGAUCUACCGGCAGCGCAAACUGCUGGACGUGGUUCUGAAGCCGGUGAUCAAACUACACAAGAAAAAGAUCACACAGUCAUCCGUCUGUAACGACAAGGUUCUCGCCGACCGGCAGCUUUGUAAUCAGGAGAGGAGCUCCGGUCUGGACCGACAGGACCCUGAUCCUCCUCGGAUUAAGGAGGAACAGGAAGAACUGCGCACCAGUCAGGAGGCACAGGAGGCCGAUGGGUCGAAGUCGAUGCCUUCUUGCGCGGGAAGGGAUCGGACUCUGCUUUCGGAUCCACCAACCCACAUCUCAGUCACGGCGAUCAAACCCGAAUCCGACAGAGAGGGCUCGGGAGUGUUGGACCCAAACGGUGUCCACGGCCUCCCUCGCAACUCUCGCCGAGCCAAAGGCCAAGACCAGAACGCCGAUCGGAAACCGGAGGAUAAACGCUUCAAAUGCCUGUUUUGCACUGAGCAGUUUUGCGAUUUAUUGAAGCUAAAAGUUCACGCGACGACCCAUGCGGGCGAAAAGCGCUACAAGUGCGAGACUUGCGGCAAAGGGUUUGCCCGAAAGGCCCUGCUGAGGAAGCACGGGAAGACCCACGCGGGGGGGAAGCCCUUCGGGUGCCCGGUAUGCGGGAAGGAGUUCAACUGUCGCUCGAACCGCGCCACUCACGUGAAGACUCACGUGGGCGAGAAGCCCCACGCCUGCGUCACCUGCGGGAAGGGGUUCAGCCGCGGGGCGGACCUGAGGAGGCACAACCGCACUCACACGGGGGAGAAGCCGUACAGCUGCGUCCACUGCGGGAAGGGGUUCUCCUACGACUCGUCGCUGAAGAACCACGUCCGGGUGCACACGGGGGAGAAACCUUACAAAUGCGCUUUGUGCGGAAAAGGGUUCACCGUCGGCACGACGCUGAAGAUACACACCCGGGUCCACACAGGGGAGAAGCCAUAUAAGUGCAGUGUGUGCGGGAGGAACUUCGCUCACGGCACGGGGCUGAGGUUGCAUGGGAGGAUCCACGCACGGGAGAAGCUGCAGAGCUCAAAACUCAAGAUUUAGUAAGAUCAGACUGUUUGGAUUCAGCUGUGUGUUCAGCACGCAGCAACUCCCUACCAUUGCGGAAAUAGUUCUAAUUGUUUGAAAGAAACAAGGAAAAAGAUCCAAACAUACCCUGGUCUCAGUUUUCUCUAAAGGAUUUAGCUGCUAUUAUGAAUUGAAUACAUUGGAUUUUGAACUGUUGGUCAAACGAUUUUGAUGUCCCAGAGCUGUUGAAGGACAAAAUAGACUAAUUGUUCCUCAAUGUGUUUCUCUAACAUGUCUCACUGAAUGCACCGGUCCGACUAAACAGAGGGCUUGGAAUUUCAACUUCUACAAACAAGGCUGUUUAUAGUCUGUAUGGUUUGAGAGAUCCAGAGUUAGAUCAUUCUUUUGGGU